UGUCAUGUCCUUCGCGGGGACACCGAUUUUGACUCAAAAGAAAACAUUUAGACGCCCUUGAUAUGAACGGCAAAAGUACCCACACAUGCAAUCCAGAUGAGAGAUGCUUUGGGUCACUAUAAAUGGGGCGAGAAAUUUGAUGAAAAGCGUUUCGAAGAGGAGCAGCAGCACAGGAGACACAAGAUGCCAACAGAGGUGGUGGUGUUCACCGUGGUAGCUGCCCUACUCAUGUUGGUGUUAGUGCUCCUGCAAACUUUCUUCAAAUCUGCACCAAGAAAUGACUCUCAGUGUACCAAAGGAAAGACUCCACCAGGCCCUGCAAGCAGUUUCCUUAUAGGCAACAUGAUGGAGUUAACUCACGACCAUCUGCCAAUUCACUUAACCCAACUAGCACAGCGCUACGGACACAUCUACCAACUUAAAUGUGGAAACACUUGCAUGGUGGUUCUGAACAGCACUGAGGUCAUAAGAGAGGCUUUGGUGAAGAAAUGGUCAGACUUUGCAGGGAGGCCCCUUUCAUUCACAGGAGAUGUCGUGUCUGGUGGAGGGCGCUCCAUUUCUCUGGGAGACUACAACGAUGAGUGGCGAGCCCAUCGCCGCCUGGUCCAUGGCGCUUUGCUGCGAUGCUGCCAUGAUUCCUUGCACGGGGUGAUUGAAAAGCAAGGGAUGCAUCUCUGCAAAGUUCUGAAGGCCUAUCAAGGCAGUGCCGUUGAUCUCUCUGAUGAUUUCACAGUGGCAGCCAGUAAUGUGAUCACCACAUUGACUUUUGGAAAGGAAUAUGACAAGAGUUCUUCAGAGCUGCAGGAAUUACACAACUGUCUGAAUGAGAUUGUCGCUCUAUGGGGCUCCUGUUGGAUUUCCGCCCUGGACUCCUUCCCUUUGCUGAGAAAAUUACCCAACCCUGUUUUCUCCCAUCUCAUGCAAGAGGUGACUAAGAGAGACAACAUCAUACGCAAACACCUCAAGGACUACAAGUCACAAGACAACAAACCCGAAAGCACCAUCACAGGCUACUUCCUCCAGGGACUCGAUACGAAGAAUGGAGUGCUGCUGACGGACACUCAUGUUCACAUGGCCACUGUAGACCUGCUCAUUGGAGGAACGGAGACCACAGCGGCCUUGCUCAACUGGACUAUAGCAUUCCUUUUGCACCGACCAGAGGUCCAGAAUCAGGUGUAUGAGGAGCUGUGCAGUGUACCAGAGGGUCACUAUCCCAAAUAUAGCGAGAGGCACAAACUUCCCGUCCUAAGUGCGCUCAUCAACGAAGUGCUCCGACUCAGGCCUGUCGCUCCUCUGGCCGUACCGCACAGAGCCGUCCGAGACAGCAGUAUCGCAGGUUAUUACAUCCCCAAGAACACAGUGAUCAUCCCAAAUCUUUUUGGAGCUCAUCAUGAUCCUUCAGUCUGGACUGAGCCAGACAGCUUCAAACCAGAGCGUUUCCUGGAGGGAGGAGGGGCCUCCCCGAGAGCUCUGAUUCCCUUUGGAGGGGGGGCUCGUCUCUGUCUGGGGGAGUCAGUUGCCAAAAUGGAGCUUUUUCUCUUUACGGCCUAUUUGCUGAGAGAUUUUCACUUCUUUCCCACUGAUGCCUGUCUGCCCGACCUGAGGGGCGUUGCGAGUGUUGUACUCAAGGUCAAGGCAUACAAAGUUAUUGCAUGCCCACGACCUGUUCACGAUAACUAAAGUCUUGAACUAUUUAUGUGGCUUUAAAUUGUGAAAUGUCCAAUAAUUGAGGAUUACACACUUGCCGACUAGAACAGAUUGAACAAAUCCGCAUCCUUCACUUUUGAGGAUUUUUCUGUUUGUUUGUUUCUACUGUAAUUAUUAUUGCAGUACCAUUAAAUUUGAUCAAUGCAAAUGUUUAUUUCAUUAAGAAACGUGGUUCUG